AUGGCUGCCCUUUUCAACAUCCGCGACCCUCGUUUGGUCGCUUCACAUCCCAGUAACUCUUUGGAAAACCUAGAGGAUGGUGCUCUCCGUUCCGCUAUUGGACAAAUUCCGCUCCGUCGUCCAGGGCCAUGUUCUGGACGAUCCGAUCGAGCCUCCCGUCGCUAUCACCGUCUUGAGGGGCUCGGCCUGGGGCGAGUCGAGGAACAGCCGCUAUUUUCGCUUCCGGUAACUUGCAUCACCCGCCUGAAGACCGGUCUUUUAUGCCGCGACUAUCUGUCGAACACGCUGACGUGGCUGUACAUCGUCAUGAAGUGCCUGUACGUCGUCAACAUUGUCGCCCAGCUGUGCCUUCUGAAUCGCUUCCUCGGCACGCAACAUCAUUUGUUUUGGGGCUUCAAUGUGUUCCGCGGUCUUCUCCAAGGCACCCUAGCGACGUACACGGUGCAAUGUGCUGCCCUCAACAUGCUCAACGAGAAGCUGUUUGUGUUGAUGUGGGCCAUGCUCUGCCCCUCUGCUCCCAUCACCACCCUGAACGCCAUCUACGCCCUCGUCAAGGCGGCGCUCCCGCGGAAUGGGACUGUGAAUAAAUGGUUGAAGCACGGGCCAGUGUACGAGCUGGGGCAGGUGCGCCGCUUUGCCAGCGAAGGGCUGCAGGGCGACGGGAUGCUGGUGCUCGGCUUCGUCGAGAACCACGCUGGGCUUGGCGUCACGCGCGAGGUGACCGGGAAAUUGAUGGCCGAAUUCUCUGCCGCCAUCCAGCAGGGCACCGCCGAGAUGACGCCCCUCCUCCCCGACGUGGUCAAGGAUCCGCUCCCCGCACGCGCGCCGCCGCGACGCCAACGAGUGCUGGCCAAC